AUUAUCGAGACCAAUGGCCUGUUGUAUAUGACCCUGGAUUCAAAUCCUGGUGGCAUUAGGAUUGCCGAGAAGUUGGGCCUACAUAAGCACGAGGAGUUACCAAGGUUCUUCAAUAAGUUUGUCUAUACUGAGGCCCUCUGGUCACGGUUAGCUUAUCGCAUGCGGGAUAUGACCGUCGAUGACAUACCCCGAGUACUCCAGAUAUGGGCCGAACUUGAGCUACAGGAGGGCUCACUGUCUGUCAAGUCGUUUCUCAGUGCAAAGGCCGGGCAUUAUGUGGUGGCUGUCGACAACCGGACAGAUCAAGUACUGGGCGUGUGUGCGCUUACUAAAUUUAUGGAAAACACAUACAUCAUCGGUCUAUACGGUGUGGACAGGCGUCAUCAAGGUCUGGGCAUCGGUAGCCGUCUAUUUAGCACAAUCAUGACCCAUAUUGGCCCGAAUGACAGUGCAGUCCUAUUUUCUGAGCACCACUUGCAGGGCAUGUAUAGGGAAAGGCUGGGCUUUUCGCACGACUCCGGUAUCCAACUGAUUGCCUACGAGUGCCGACCCGUGCGGACCCGGAAUCUACAGAAUCUGGUCGACAGUAUCGCCGGAAUCCGUAUCGAAAGAAUCGGCGAUUCUUUAGUGGAUUCAGUCGUUGAAUACGACCGCAAAGUGCACCGACAGUCUCGCGCUCAGGUACUCAACCGUAUGUUUAGUGACCCGGAGUGUAGAGCACUGGUAGCCAUUGAUGAGAGCGGUGAUCAGGUGGCAGGUUAUGGUGUGAUACACAUGUGUAGCGAUGAGAACGGUAGGGUCGGUCCACUGUAUGCCGACAGCGAUUCUGUGGCCGAACUACUGUUGCGUAAACUUAUUGAUAACUUUCCGGAAAUGGUGGUAAAAGGACUGAUAUAUGAGCCGUUAGCUAAUAAUACCAGUGCCAUGAGCAUUGCCGAUAAACUAGGUCUUAAAGUUGAGGUCAAACUACCCGUGCUAUUCACUAAACAAAUAGAUAUGGACUUUCAAUGGGAUAAAACAACGGCGGCGCCGACGGUCACCCCCACCAGGAAUGUCAGCCCGUGUUUGACAACUAUAUGUCUGCAUUUGCCGCAGGCCUGGGAGGCCUCGGAUUUAGUCUUUUCCAUUUCUUUUGAGAUUUUCAACUGA